AUGACCGUCGUUGAAGAGGAGCGGGUGGCUAACGAGAGGAGUGCAUCGCAUCGUCUUGGUUCCGUUCAAGGCCAUGUUGUCAUUCAACGCGAUAGAGUUCAAGGUCAUAAUAGACUUUAUCGUGACUAUUUCGCUGAGGAGCCCGUUUAUGGUCCACGACUAUUUCGAAGGCGGUUUCAAAUGCAUCGUCCACUUUUCCUCCGAAUUGCAUCUGUGGUGGAAGAUUUUGAUCCUUACUUUGUCCAAAGAAGGAAUGCUGCAGGUAAUCUUGGUUUACCAUCCCUUCAAAAAAUAACAGCCGCAAUGCGGAUGCUUGCUUAUAGAGUAUCUGCAGAUUUUGUGGAUGAUUACGUGCUGAUUGGUGAAAGCACGACUAUUGAAAGUGUUAAAAGUUUUGUCAAGGUCGUUGUUGCGAUUUUCGUCGAUGAUUAUUUGAGGUCACCAAACAAUGACGAUAUCAAAAAGAUUGCUAGAGAUUGGUGA